CAAAUCGUUCUUCAAGCGAUCGGUCCGGCGGAACCUCACCUACUCGUGUCGGGGCAACCGGAACUGCCCGAUCGACCAGCACCACCGGAAUCAGUGUCAAUUCUGUCGUCUACGAAAGUGCCUCAAAAUGGGAAUGCGACGCGAAGCCGUGCAACGAGGUCGCGUUCCACCGUCGCAACCGCCGGGCCUCCCCUACGGCCAGUACUCGAUACCGAACGGGGACGCCGUCACCGGUUUCAAUGGGCACUCGUAUCUUAGUUCCUACAUCUCGCUACUGCUCCGGGCGGAACCGUACCCCACCUCUCGGUACGGGCAGUGCAUGCAGACGAACAACAUCAUGGGCAUCGACAAUAUCUGCGAACUGGCAGCACGGUUACUGUUCUCUGCCGUUGAGUGGGCCCGCAAUAUCCCCUUCUUUCCGGAUCUCCAAGUGACGGACCAGGUCGCGCUACUGAGGCUUGUCUGGUCUGAACUGUUUGUGCUGAACGCGUCCCAGUGUUCGAUGCCACUGCAUGUGGCACCCCUGCUGGCAGCUGCCGGCCUCCACGCAUCCCCCAUGGCCGCCGAUCGUGUGGUCGCCUUCAUGGACCACAUCCGGAUAUUCCAGGAACAGGUCGAGAAACUGAAGGCGCUGCACGUUGACUCUGCCGAGUAUUCCUGUCUGAAAGCAAUAGUCCUAUUCACAACAGAUGCCUGUGGCCUGUCGGACGUAGCUCACAUUGAGUCGCUACAGGAGAAGUCGCAGUGUGCCCUGGAGGAAUACUGCCGGUCUCAGUAUCCCAACCAGCCGACCCGUUUCGGAAAACUGUUACUGCGGUUACCAUCUCUGCGGACGGUGUCAUCUCAGGUGAUAGAGCAGCUCUUCUUCGUCCGGUUAGUCGGCAAGACGCCCAUCGAGACGUUAAUCCGUGACAUGCUGCUCUCGGGCAGUAGUUUCUCGUGGCCCUAUCUACCUUCGAUGUGACACACCGCCGUGU